AGUCCUUUCGGAGUGAGGCAGGGGUUGGGGUACAGCAAGGUACAGGGACGCCCCCAGUUGGAAGAGGAUACUGCUUCCUUUUCAAUGAGGGAAGUUGCAAAUUCGGCCAAAAAUGCAAAUUUAGGCAUGAAUGUUCCGUGUGUGGCGGGGGCCAUGGGGCUAGCAGAUGUUUUAGAGGGGGUAGACAAAGGGGGGGGGAUAGUUUUGCAAAAGGGGCAGACCCCAGUGCGAGUGGAAAGGAUGGUGGGGCAUCUAAAUAGAUAUCCGAACCAGGAGUUAGCUGAAUUUUUGUAUUCAGGGUUUAAGUUCGGUUUUCAUAUACCUUCACACCCGUUACCAGUCUUAGAGAAGCGGAAGAAUUUGCGCUCGGCAUUGCAGUUCCCGGACAUAGUGACAGGAAAGUUAGCUAAAGAGGUUUCCCUAGGGAGGAUGGAUGGUCCGUUUGUUACAUCACCCAUCAGUAACUUGCGAGUUUCCCCUUUGGGUUUGAUCCCUAAGAAGGAGCCUAAUAAAUUUAGGCUCAUCCACCAUUUAUCAUUCCCUAAGGGUGCGUCGGUCAAUGAGGGCAUUGACCCGGAACUUUGUUCUGUGGUUUAUGCUUCCUUUGAUGCGGCUGUGGAAUGGGUAAGGAAGCUGGGUCCGGGUACCCUGUUGGCAAAAUGUGACAUUGAAGCGGCAUUUCGGUUGUUGCCAGUUCACCCGGAUAGUUUGUAUUUACUGGGUUGUUUUUGGAAUGGCGCAUAUUUUGUGGAUAGGUGUUUGCCAAUGGGCUGUUCAAUAUCGUGUGCAUAUUUUGAGCGUUUUAGUUCUUUUCUGGAGUGGGUGGUGGUUCAGGAAUCAGGUUGUCACUCUGUCAUUCAUUAUUUGGAUGAUUUCCUGUGUUUGGGGCCGGGGGGAUCUAGGGUUUGUUCGUUGUUGUUAUCCACAUUACAGUCUGUUUUUGAGUGUUUUGGAGUCCCGUUAGCGGUGGACAAAACGGUGGGGCCGGCUACUGAGCUAAGCUUUUUGGGUAUUGUCAUAGAUACACAGCGGAUGGAGUGUAGGCUACCAGUAGACAAAGUGUCAGAUUUAAGAACAGAGGUGGCGGCGGCAUUGGCAGCAAAAAAGAUUCGUCUGCGGGACCUGCAGUCUUUGUUGGGCAAAUUAAAUUUUGCAUGCAGAAUCCUACCUAUGGGCCGCAUUUUUAGUAGGAGGUUGGCUUCGGCGACAGGAGGGGUGGUGUCUCCCCACCAUUUUAUUAGACUAGGCAGUGAGUUGAAAGGGGAUUUGAAAGUUUGGGAUUCCUUUUUAAAACAGUUUAAUGGCAGAGCAUUAGUUAUGGGGGGGGUGGUUGAUGCGUUUGAUUUCGAAUUGUUUACGGAUGCUGCGGGUGGAGCGGGUUUUGGGGCGUACUGUGAAGGGCAGUGGUGUGCGGGUCGGUGGCCUGAGUCCUGGGUACGAAAAGGGUGGGUAAAAAACGUGGCAUUGUUGGAACUCUUCCCCAUUGUGUUGGCAGUCACGCUCUGGGGGGAGAAGUUUCGGCACAAGAAGGUUCGUUUCCAUUGUGACAACUUGGGAGUUGUGCAAGCCAUCAACAGUGUAACGGCUUCUUCCCCCCCAGUUAUUUGCCUAUUGCAGCAGUUGGUUCUCCGGUGCUUGUCCCUUAAUGCUUGGGUGUUUGCGGUGCAUGUGCCUGGUUCCUCUAACUGUAUAGCUGACGCACUUUCUCGUUUUCAGUGGGAGCGGUUUCGCCAGCUGGCCCCGGAGGCGAGUCAGGUCGGAUUGGUGUGUCCAGAGUCGUUGUGGGAGAUCCUGGAGGUGAUGCCCCGUUAUUAGUUUGGAUCCUGGGCCAUUCGUUCGUGUUCUGGGGGGCAUUACGAGCGGAUGUUCGGCAGAAUGGGCGGCAGCUGGGGUUUGAUCGGGGGACAGCCAUAGUAAGAUGGAUCGGACGCAGAGGUAUGGUGUGGGGUAGUGUUUUGCAGGAGGUUCAUCGGCAAGCCAGGUUAGAUAGAGUCCCAGAUAUCUUGGUGUUGCAUGUUGGGGGAAAUGACCUAGGGGUCCGACCUUGCAGAGAGUUGAUCAGGGAUAUACGUUUUGAUUUUUUGCGUUUGUGGUCCCUCUUCCCGUCAGUUGUCACUGUGUGGUCGGAUAUUGUCCCCAGGAAGGUCUGGAGGGAGGCGAGAUCGGUUGAAAGGCUGAAUAAGGCUAGGAUUAAGCUGAACAGGGUGAUUGGGCGGUUCUGUGCCAAACAUGGGGCGGUGGUGGUGAGGCACCCCGAGUUGGAAGCAGGAACAGGAGGCUUUUGGAGACAGGAUGGAGUCCACCUCAAUGCGGUGGGCAUUGAUUUGUGGUCACUGGACUUGCAGGGAGGUAUUGAAACAGCCCUCCGGGUGUGGCGGAACGCGCGAGCUUAAGGGCUGUCAAGCUGCGCGUUGUUGGCGGGGGGAGGUCAUAGAAGCUGGGGCUACUGGAUGGUAACGGUGAAUGAGAGGGCCUCAAUGGUGGGGCUGGACUCUCAGAGUUGGGGCACCUGGUUGGCUUGGUAU